CAUCAUUGUUCAGAUACACCAAUGUGGCAACGCCACCCACUACUAUGUCUCAUGCCCAACUGGGUACUGCAAGGCAGGCCCAAAAGAUUUGCAAAAUACCGACAUGAAGGAAGUUCUGGCGCUCGCGGGAACUUGCAGGCUCGUUAGAUCCGAAAUCCUCAAAUUAUUCUACCAGGACAACGUUCUCUACUUCUCCUGCACCUGCGCAUUGGGAUUUUGUCUCUCGAGAAACGAAUUCGUCCGACAGAACGUCCAACGAAUUAAGUUCCAUCUCCGUGGUCCCCAAGACUCACACCCCAUCUCUCUCCUCCGCAUAUGCCCGAACCUGAAGGAGCUUGAGGUUACUGUUAGCAAAUGGUCGACGUUCUAUCGGCACCAGCAAUACUCUCAGUUUACUCUGAGUCCUCACCUACCCUUCCCUCCGAUCGACCCACCGUUGAGGACUGCCAACGGCGUUUCCGAGUUGUUGGGCAUCCCGUACUUGGAGAGCGUAAAGGUUUCACAUGCUUCGGUUCGCAACAUGUUUAAUAGGAACGCAAAGGAGGUGAAUGAUUUCGAGACCUAUCUUAAGGAGAGAUUGGAGGGCCGGGGUUUGUUGAAGGUCAACAUUGCGGAUUUGGUAGCUUGGUUGGAUAAGAGGAUGAAGCUGUGAUUGUAUGAUAGAUGCCAGGACAUUAAGGACUUGGCUAUUCGCAAGUAAUCUGGG